AUGGUUGGCGCAAAGCAGAAGAAGGUAUCCGCAAGUGCGGCCAGGACAUCUUCUUCCCUCAGCGCGCCGCGAGCCGAAUUCAAUAAUGCAGGCAUGCGAUAUUACUCAUCUGAGGAAGAAAAUGAUGAUGAAGACGAGAUUCCGCAGAAGGACGAGGUAGAAGAGAAACUCGAGAAGCUGCUGUUCGGCGACGACGACGGGUUCAGAGCGGCGUUGAAAAAUCAUGGAGAGCAACGAUCAACAGAUCUCGUCAUGCUUAGUGACAAGGAAGAUGGAGAAGGGGAUGGUGACAUUGAAGAGAAUAUGGAUGAUGUUGCAGAUGCCGAUCUCUUUUUCCUAGACUCAGGUGCCGUGGAAGCACAAGAUGGAGGCGAUUACCCAUCCGAUGUUUUGGCUAUUGAAGGCAAAGACGAAGCUGGCAUUGUUAGCCGACCAGCUGUAUGGGUUGAUAGUGACGACGAGCGCAUGGCCAUAUCACUUGCGGGACAUAAACGACUGAGGAAACUACGCAUCGCCGAGUCGGACGACGUUGUCAGCGGGACGGAAUAUAUAAGGAGGCUACGCACACAGUAUUUGCGACUACAUCCCACGCCUGACUGGGCCAAUCCAGAAAUCAAAAGGAAACACCGCAAGAAGCGAAGUGGCAGCAGCAGUGGUUCUGAAGAUGGGCUUUCCGGUAGUGAAAUGGAUACCGACGAUGAUGCUGAUGUGUCAGUUAAGCCACUGGCGAAACUUCUUCAAGGUGCUGGCGAUCUUGUGAGAGGGAGUGAGGGUGACAUGGCUGGGAAACCAGUGAAGCUUCGUCAGGAAGUUAUAGAUAUUCAACGUUUGAAGGACGUUGGAGGUGUCCAGCCUUCGUCUAUAGAUUCUUUGUCCUUUCACCCUCAUUAUUCAUUGCUCCUUUCUUCAGGUCCUGCAUCUACUCUCUGGCUACACCAUAUCUCGCCAAAUGCCCCAACCCCCAGCAGUCUCUUGACCUCGCUUCAGAUCCGGAAAACGCCUUUAACUACAUCCGCCUUUGCUCCCUCCGGCAACCGAAUCUUCGCUUCUGGUCGACGACGUUUCUUCCAUGUGUGGGAUCUAGACUCGGGUAAGAUUGAAAAGGUCAAUCCCGCAGCUGAUCGAAAGGAAGAACAAAAGUCGAUGGAAAAGUUCAAGUUGUCCCCUUGUGGCAGAUACGUGGCUUUGAUAGGUUCUGCCCGCAAGGGCGGUGGUGUCAUCAAUGUGCUAGACGCGACUACAGCCCAAUGGAUAGCGCAGGUUCGAGUAGAUGGCAUCGGAGGUGUCGCUGACUUUGCCUGGUGGAGCGAUGGCAAUGGUAUGGUGAUUGCCAGCAAGAACGGCGAGAUCUCAGAGUACGAUAUCCGCCAACGCCGUGUCGUCUGCCGCUGGACCGACGCAGGCGCUGUCGGCACAACUGUCGUUGCUCUGGGUGGUCUCUCCGGUCGACCACAUCUCGGAGCCGACCGCUGGGUAGCCAUUGGCAGUUCGAGCGGCAUUGUCAACGUCUACGACCGCAAGCCAUGGCAAGGAGCCGCCUUGCAGGCGGAACAGUCCAAGAAGUUAAAGAUCGAGGACGCUAUCCCCAGCAAUCCCACCCCGGUUCGAGCACUUGAACAGCUCACGACGUCAAUCACACAGAUCGUUUUUGCGCCUGAUGGACAAUUCAUGGUUAUGGCUAGCCGGUGGAAGCGAGAUGCCUUGCGACUUGUCCACCUACCAUCAUGCACCGUCUAUCGCAAUUGGCCUACAUCCAACACUCCCUUUGGCCGCAUCUCAUCGGUGGCCAUAUCGCCGCAGUCGAAUCUGCUAGCUGUUGCCAACGAGCAGGGCAAGAUUAGGCUGUGGGAGAUCAACGGUUAG